AUGGAAGCCAGGACAGGACAGGACAGGACAGGGAGCAGGGAGCAGGGAGCAGGGCAGGGAGCAGGGAGCAGGGAGAUGACAGACAGCCAAGCCGUAGACAACAAUGGCGGGUGGUUGGUUGGUGGCAGCCCACUAGCGGGCGGACUAGCGCCUGCAGAGACAGCGCAAGGAGAACCCGAUGCGAUGCCGAAGGGGGAAAGCGAGGGGAAUGGAUGGGAUAUGGAUGGGAUAUGGAUGGGAUACGCAAUCCACCACCACCAGCCCAAGGGGGUGCUGCUUGCUGAUUGGGAGAGUGGAUGGAUGGAUGGCUUGCGGACUUACUCUUUGUGUGGUGUGGUCUGGCUGGCUUGGGGGACAGUUUGCUGCAACCUUAAGGAUAGCUGGCAAGAACUUAACCACCCCAAGGGUCAAAGCUCCCCCUUGGGAAUCUAUGCCUAG